AUGAAGCUGAAACAUUCCUUGAAGAAGCUGGGCUCGAUAGCUCGUGCCAUCCUCACCUUCCUGUUUGCUCUGCUGGUUCUGGGGGUCAUGCUGUGGGCUUAUGUUGCGGGCUUCCAGCUGGUUACCUCCCUGUACGGAAUCAUCUCCUUCGGCUUUUAUGGGCUCCUCCUCUCGCUCCAUGUGCUGGUGCAAAGCCUCUUUGCCUUUAUUGAGCACCGUCGAAUGAAAGCUCGCACCGACCCAUGCAGCUGUACUAAAACUAUCGGCUUCACCAUAUCUGCAUACCAAGAGGACCCAAUCUACCUCAGAGAGUGCCUCAAUUCUGUCAAGGCCCUCAAGUAUCCAUCGGAGCUGCUGCGAAUCAUCAUGGUGAUCGACGGGAACUCUGAUGAUGACCUAUACAUGAUGGACAUGUUUAAGGAGGUGUUUGCAGACGAGGACCCUGGUCUGUACGUGUGGAGGAACAACUACCACACGUGGGAUCCUAUCCAGGUCCAGCAAGAUGAAGAAACAGCACCAGGAGGAGAAGCUGAUUAUGUUUUUCAAGAGGAUCCUCAGAGAAAAGAGGUGGAGCACCUGAUCCAGACCAGAAGGUGUGUGUGCAUCAUGCAGAAGUGGGGAGGCAAGCGGGAGGUGAUGUACACGGCUUUUAAAGCACUUGGAUCAUCGGUUGACUUCAUUCAGGUGUGUGACUCGGACACAAAGCUGGACACUUUAGCCACCGUCGAGCUGUGCAAGGUGUUGGAGAGCGACUCCAGAUAUGGAGCUGUGGGAGGAGACGUGAUGAUCCUCAACCUCAAAGACUCCUACAUCAGCUUCAUGAGCAGUCUCAGGUACUGGAUGGCGUUCAACAUCGAAAGGGCCUGCCAGUCCUUUUUCAACUGUGUGUCCUGCAUCAGUGGGCCUCUGGGUCUGUACAGGAACGACAUUCUUCAGCAGUUUCUUGAGUCGUGGUACAAUCAGAAGUUUUUAGGAACUCACUGCACGUUUGGGGAUGACAGACAUCUCACCAACCGUAUGCUGAGCAUGGGCUACGCCACAAAAUACACGGCACGCUCAAAAUGCUACACGGAAACUCCUGCUCAGUUUCUCCGCUGGCUUAACCAACAGACACGCUGGACCAAGUCUUACUUCCGAGAGUGGCUCUACAACGCCAUGUGGUGGCACAAGCACCACCUCUGGAUGACCUACGAGUCCAUUGUUUCAGGUGUUUUUCCUUUCUUUGUCACUGCUACCAUCAUCCAGCUGUUUUGGACGGGCACGCUGUGGGACAUCCUUUGGAUCCUCUGCUGCAUUCAGCUCAUCGGUCUGGUGAAGGCGGCCUAUGCCUGCCUCCUGCGCCAAAACUGGGUGAUGGUGUUCAUGUCGCUGUACUCUUCUCUUUACAUGACCAGCCUGCUGCCUGCAAAGUACUUUGCCAUCCUUACGAUGAACAAGAGCAGCUGGGGAACAUCAGGCAGGCGUAAGAUUGUAGGUAAUUACAUCCCCCUCGUCCCUCUGUCGGUAUGGGCUGCUGUUUUAUUGGGUGGGUUUUGUUUCCGAAUCUACAAGGAGAGUCAAAAGGAUUGGCUCAGUCCAGAAAAAGUACUGGAGACUCAGUUUCUUGUGUUCGGUUGUGCAGCCUAUUUGUGCUACUGGCUGCUCAUGAUGUUCCUCUACUGGGCUUGGUUCCGCAGGUUGUGUCGAAAACGCUCCCAGACAUACACGCUGAGUGUGUAG